GGUUGCUGCGCGCGCGUUAUUCGGAAUAUUCGUCGUGUUUUUCGUGAAUGAAGCGUGAACUUUAGUGAAUGAACAGUGUUUUUUAAAUUGAAUAAACAAAAACUCAAAAAUAAAUAAAACCAAGGAGCAACUUUUUUUAAAAAGGUGGAACAACAAAAUCGUUGUAUUUGGAUCAGUGUGUGAAGUUUUUGAAAUAAAUUCGAAUAAAAGUGGAAAGAUUUAAACCAAAGAACGAACCUCAGAAAGCGUUUCAAUCGUAUUUGAACCCAAGAGUGUAGUUUUGAGAUCCAGAAAGAGGAAAUAGUAAAUAUUUCAACUCUGAAGUGAAGAAACUGUGCAAUUUGUGAAAUAAAAGUUAAAGAGACGUACAUUUCCGAUAAAAGUACUGGAAAUAUUUAGUACCAAAAGUAUUAUUGAAAUACUUACACAUUGAAUUGAAACUUAAAGUGAACUUCGGUUGAAAUAAAAGUGAAAAGCCGUGAAAACCAAUUGCCAAACAUGCUCCUCCAGUGUCUCAGUCCCCGCUAAGUGACCGAAGCCCCAAAAGACCCAGAACUCCAGCAGAGAGCAGCAGAGAUCUCAAGUCCCAAGCGAAUCCGCAUCGCGUUCCUUCGGAGGAAAGCAUCUGCUGAAAUGGAGGACGAGCUACGUUGUCCCACCUGCAAGCAGCUGUACGCCAAUCCCGUGCUGCUGCCCUGCUUCCACGCCCUGUGCCUGGGCUGUGCCCUGGACAUCCAGACUCCGUACACGCCGGGAGUGGCUCUGGCCGUGGCCGGGGGAUCGGGCGCCAGCGCCAACGGCGGACACAACGGACUGCACGGCCAGGUGAACGGGGGCCCCGGGUCCGUAUCCGGCGGGGGAGCAGCCAGCGGGGUCGCCAACGGAGCCGGGCCGGGCACCCGCCACAGCUCCCACAGCUCGGCCGCCAGCACGGCCAGCUCGAACACGGGCAGCGAGAGCGUCACCUCCGACCAGGACCAGUCCGACAAAGUGAGCAUCUUCAGCGAGGCCGACUCCGGCGUGGUCUGCUGCUCGAACACAUCCCGUCCGGUCUCGUACGCCGGCACCGGGCAGCUCCAGGGGCUGCUGCAGGGCUCCGUGGUCGCGCCCCCCGGCGCCGCCUACUGCCUCACCUGUCCCCUGUGCCGGAAGCUCGUGUUCUUCGACGACGGCGGCGUCCGCAAUCUGCCCACCUAUCGCGCCAUGGAGGCCAUCGUGGACCGCUUCUGCGCCCGCGAGGCGCUGCGCUGCCAGAUGUGCGAGACGGACCCCAAGGUGGCCUCGCUGAUCUGCGAGCAGUGCGAGAUCCGCUACUGCGAGCCCUGUCGGGAGCUCUGCCACCCGGCCCGCGGGCCCCUGGCCAAGCACACGCUGGUCAAGCCGCGCGGGGCCCCCCAGCAGCGGGAGUCGGUCUGCGGCGAGCACGAGGAGACCCUCUCCCAGUACUGCCUCAACUGCAAGAUCCCGGCCUGCGGCCAGUGCAUCGGGGAGCAGCGUCACCAGGCCCACGAGGUGCAGUCCAUAAACGUGACUUGCAAGGCUCAAAAGACGGAGCUCUCGCACAAUCUGCAACAAUUGUCGGAGAAGGCACGUUCCACCACGGAAUUCAUCCAGCGCCUCAAAGGCAUGAGCGACAAAGUGACGGAAUCCUGCAUGGAAUUCGAGCGUCUGGUGCACGCCCAGUGCGAGGCCCUCAUCCAGGCCAUCCACGACCGGCGCGAGUAUCUGCUGGAGGCCAUCCGCAUGGACAAGGACACCAAAAUCAGGAUACUGAAGGAUCAGCAAUCGAACUGCACGGGCAAGCUGCAGCAGACCACGGGCCUCAUCCAGUUCUGCAUCGAGGCGUUGAAGGAGACUGACAGCGCCGCCUUUCUACAGGUUGGUUCCAUGCUCAUCAAUCGGGUGGCCAACACCGACAUGACCUGGCACCAGGAGGUCACCAAUGCGGCGCCGCGUGUUUCGCCCAUCGUGGACUUGACCCUGGACGACGCCGCCCUGGCACGGGCCAUCGACAACUUGAACUUUAUCCAAAUGAAAGCCCUCAAAGACGGAGAUGAGAGGUGCCCGGCAGCACCCUUGACUCCGAGCAUUUUGCCGACGGAUUGUUCAGCGGAAAAUAAUUCCGUCACAGUUGCGUGGCAGCCACCGGCUCAUUGCACCGUCGAAGGCUACGUCCUGGAACUGGACGAUGGAAGCGGCGGAGAGUUUCGGGAAGUCUACUGCGGCAAGGAAACAAUUUGCACCGUCGACGGUCUUCACUUCAAUUCGAUGUACAAUGCCCGGGUGAAGGCCUUCAAUAGCGCCGGAGAGGGUGAAUACUCGGCGCUGAUUGGACUGCAGACUGCCGAAGUGGCCUGGUUCACGUUUGAUCCAGUUCUGAGCGGCGGCGCCGGCUCUGGCUUAAUCUUUAGCAAAAAUAACGCCACCGUCAGCGUCGAGGGCUGGGAGCACCGGGUGGCCCUUGGCUCGGUGGGCUUCUCCCGCGGCGUCCACUACUGGGAGUUCACCAUCGACAACUACACGGCGGACACGGAUCCGGCCUUUGGAGUGGCACGUAUCGAUGUGGCGCGGAACAAAAUGUUGGGUAAAGACGAGAAGUCGUUUGCCAUGUACAUCGAUCGCCAGCGCUCCUGGUUCCAGCACAACUCCAUCCACGAGCGACGCGUCGAGGGAGGCAUCACCACGGGCAGUACCAUCGGAGUUCUCCUCGAUCUGGAGCGGCACACACUCAGCUUCCUGGUGAACGAAAUGCCGCAGGGAUCGGUGGCGUUCCGGGAUCUGUACGGGGUGUUCUACCCGGCCGUGAGCAUCAACCGUGGAGUCACCCUGACGAUGCACACCGCCAUGGACGCGCCCAAGAUGGAUUACUUCUAGGUCGGCCGUGUGCCAUGUGGAGGAGUAGCGAAUUGUGUACAUAAAGCUUUGCGUUCAGCAGUUAUCGGUGUCUAUAUCUAUAUAUAGCGUAUAUGGCGUAUAUGGCGUAUAUAGCGUAUAAGCAGACCUUACAAAUAUGAACAUUUUACUCAUGCAGCUUACAAUAUUACGUAUGUUAAAUGUGUAGUUUCGGGCAAGGUUCAGCGACAUAUCUCCAUUUAUUCGUAUCUCUACUCGUAGUUCUAGGCAAUGUUUGUAAAACGCUGCGCCAAACGGGGAGUAAAUUAUUCAAAAUAAUUGAAAACAGCCAGCGGUAGCUGUAUGUAAAAUAUAAUAAUAAUAAUAACAAUCUUUGAUGUUUUUCAGUGAAAACAAAGCCAAAAAUCAUGCACCGUGCAACACCAAAAACCAAAUUAAAUUUAAACGCAUGCGAAUGAUGAAAUUCCGGCUAAAAUCCAAUUAGCAAUUAGGGUAGCUACAAAUUUGCAUCUGUAUGGGUCGUCUCGUAUUUUAACCAGUGCGUAUGUGGUAGUAAUUACGCGAAAAAUACACACAUUUGAUCGAGGCUAGAAUAGAAUCGAAAUCAACUGUUGGGAUGAGUUUUUGUUCUAAAGACUGAAUGCAAAUGGCUUUCAUAAGUGUGACAGGAAGAAGAGAAAGCCUCGUCGAACGUUUCAAAAAUUUCGAAAAGAAAACCCUUUUCGAAAUCCCGGAAAUUGAGUGGGAAAGUUAAACAUAAACGCAAAAGCACUCAAAAUCAUUCAAAAUCUGCACGAUAGCCACCAAAAAUGAAUACCAAUUUGAAGCGAACCAACCAUGUUGCUUAUGAGAAUUUAAUAUGCGUCUGAAUAUUAAUAUUUAACAAACCAUUAAG